UUUCUCUCUGCAAGACAGGGAAUUUCUGGGCAACUUUGUGGGAGGCUGCAGUAGGACAGUCUUUCUAGGCGGCUGGUGGCUCUGCAAUCGCCUCUCUCCUGUUCUCUGUGUGCCACAGCAAAGGGUGUGAGCUUGGGCAGAUUUCUAGACUGCAGAUGAGGAGGGUAGGGUGGGGGUAUUGGAAGGAGCGGCUUUUCUGCAUGCCUCUUGGGGGGGGGUGUCUGUCUGCUGUUUUUCCAGCUGAUGGAAACCCCCACUUGAAAGCAAGGGGCCAACCUGUGUCCCCUAAGACUCUCUCAACUCUGAUCAGAUCCAUCCAGCAAGACACAGGCCAUAGAGGAAUCCUCUUUGACCAGUGCUUCUCCUUUCUUUUGAAGAAAAACAAAAGCUUUGUUGUUGCCUUAGCAGCUGUGGAAGUCCCAACCUUUUUCUCACCGCUGCCCCCUGUUUCCCAAGGAGGCGUCCAUGUCCCAGAAUCAGUAAUGAGUGCUGGCUGUGAGCCGGGACAGAGCCCUUUUGAGGGUGGUGGUAGUAGUGGCGGUGGCAGCGGAGGUGGUGGGGCUGGAGCCCCACGCAGAGCCCGAGCCCAGCGUGGGGGCGAAGCCCAGGGCCAGACCAGCGAUGACAUGGAUGUCAACAGCAAUGGCUCCAGUGGCAAUGAGUCGCAUGGUGACUCCCACAGCAGCUCCCACAGCAGUGGCAACGGCAAAGACUCAGCCCUCCUGGAAACCACUGAAAGCAACAAGAGCUCCAACUCCCAAAGCCCGUCUCCUCCCAGCAGCUCUGUGGCCUACAGCCUUCUCAGCGCAAGCUCUGAGCAAGACAACCCAUCGACCAGCGGCUGCAGCAGUGAACAGUCUGCCCGUGUGAAGACUCAGAAGGAGCUCAUGAAGGCCCUGAAGGAGAUGAAGAUCCGGCUGCCCUCCGAGAAGCGCAGCAAGGGGAAGUCAGGGACUCUGGCCACCCUGCAGUAUGCACUGUCCUGUGUGAAACAGGUGCAAGCCAGCCAGGAUUACUACCAGCAGUGGACCAUUGAUGACAACCAGCCCUGCAAUCUGGACAUGUCCACCUACACUAUUGAGGAGCUGGAAAGCAUCACCUCAGAAUACACUCUCAAGAACCCCGACACAUUCUCGGUGGCCGUCUCUUUCACCACGGGGAAGAUCGUCUACAUCUCAGAUCAGGCAGCCUUCAUCCUGCGCUGCAAGAAGGAUGUCUUCAAGGGGGCCAAGUUUGCAGAGUUCCUGGCGCCUCAAGAUGUCAGCAUCUUCUAUGGGUCCACAGCGCCAUACCACUUGCCCUCCUGGAGCGCCUGCACCUCUGCCACUGCAGCUGCCAUGGAUUACACCAAAGAGAAAUCGGUCUUUUGUCGUAUCAGCGGAGGCUACGAGAGUGGUCGCGGGCUGCGCUACUACCCCUUCCGGCUCACGCCUUACUUGACCAAAGUGCAGGAUUCGGACAGCGCCGAGGGACAGCCCUGCUGCCUGCUCAUCGCCGAGCGCAUCCACUCGGGCUACGAAGCUCCCAGAAUCCCUCCUGAUAAGAGAAUCUUCACUACUAGACAUACCCCCAGCUGCUUAUUUCAGGAUGUUGAUGAGCGAGCUGCCCCUCUUCUAGGCUACCUCCCCCAGGACCUCAUUGGGUCCCCUGUCCUCUUCUACCUGCACCCAGAGGACCGGCCUCUUAUGCUGGCGAUACACAAGAAGAUUCUCCAGUACGGCGGCCAGCCCUUUGACCACUCACCCAUCCGCUUCUGCACCCGCAAUGGGGAGUAUGUCACCAUCGACACCAGCUGGUCCAGCUUCGUCAACCCCUGGAGCCGCAAAGUCUCUUUCAUCAUGGGCAGGCAUAAAGUGCGGACGGGCCCCCUCAAUGAGGACGUCUUCACAGCCCCCAAAGCUCAGAAGGUGAAGCCUGUGGAGCUGGACAUCCAGGAGCUCUCAGAGCAGAUCCACCGACUCCUGCUGCAGCCCGUCCACAGCAAUGGCUCCCUGGGCCUCUGCAGCAUGGGCAGCAACGCUUCCCACGAGCAGUUCCUGAGCAUCGCCUCCUCCAGCGACAGCAACGGCAUCCCCAAUGAGGAGGCACAAGCUGUUCGGCCGAUGACCUUCCAGGAGAUCUGCAAGGAUGUGCAUAUGGUGAAGAACCAGGGCCAGCAGGUCUUCAUUGAAUCCCGAGUCAAGCCCCAGCCUGCCAAGCAUUCCCGGCCAGCUCUGAAAGCGCCAGUCAGCUGCAACAGGCAGCCUCUGGAGACCCUGAGGGACUUGGAGAGGAGGCCAGCAAAGGCAGCCACCUCUGAGGAAUCAGUCCGGAAGGAGCCUUCCAACUAUUCAUACCAGCAGAUCAACUGCCUGGAUGGCAUCAUAAGAUACCUGGAGAGUUGCAACAUUCCAAGCCGCGUGAAGCGAAAAUGCGGCUCUUCCUCUUACACCACGUCCUCGAAUUCCGAUGACGACAAGCAGAAGGCAGGCGAGGAGCUGGCCUCUCUAAGCAAAGAUGCGCCGGAGGAAAUACUGCCGACCCUGGAGAGCCAGCCCAAGAGCCUAGAGGAGCCUGGGACGGCAGCAGCUGCUGUGGUGGGAGGCCCACUCACUCCGCUGGCCUUGCCUAGCAAAGCCGAGAGCGUGGUCUCUGUGACCAGUCAGUGUAGCUUCAGCAGUACCAUCGUCCACGUGGGAGACAAGAAGCCCCCCGAGUCGGAUAUCGUGAUGAUGGAGGAGGCAGCGCCCAGCGCGACCCCCCCUGCCCCCGCGCCCAGCGUCACCCCUGACCGGGAGGCGCAGUACCGCAAAGUGGGGCUGACCAAGGAAGUCCUCUCCAUCCACACCCAGAAGGAGGAACAGGCCUUUCUCACUCACUUUAAGGACCUCAGCCAGCUGCACGUCUUCAACUCGCACUCGGGGCUGAGCUGGCAGGAGCUGCGCCAGGCGGGACCCCAUGCCAACGAGCAGCGAGGGCACAAAGGUCCCCGCCAGGCGUCCCGAGGCCCAGGCUGCCGCGGUCGGAGCCGGAAGUCGAAAGCCAAGCGCGUCAAGCAGAACAGGCUGGCAGAGAGCACCAGCUCCCCGCAGAGCUCCGUCUCCCCUCCCCAGCUGCCCUGCGCCCCCAGCUCCUCCUCCUGGCCCCCCUCUGGCAACUCCCAGGCCAGCCUUUCCGCCAUGCCGUACCCAGCUGUCAUGCCCACCUACCCCAUCCCCGUCUUCCCCCCGCGGCCGGCCGCGCCCCCGGUCACUGAGCCCUCCCAGAGCACCCUGGCUGCCCCCCAGUUUCCCACCCCGCUAGUCACCCCCAUGAUGGCGCUCGUGCUGCCCAACUACGUCUUCCCCCAGAUGCACGGCCCCAUGCCCCCACAGCCCUACUUCGCCGCACCCCCUGUGUUCCCCUUCGCCCCUCAGCCAGGGAGCAUGCCCGUCGUCGUCCCCGAGGCGGGCACGCAGGCCCCGUCACGCUCCUCCACCCCGCACUCGCUGAGUCAGCCCGAGCGGGCCGAGUCGCCUCUCUUUGAGUCACGCUGCAGCUCCCCGCUGCAGCUCAACUUGCUGCAGAUGGAGGAGAUGCCCAAGCUCUGCGACCGUCAGGAGGCCGCUGGUGGAAACCAAACAGGGCCAGCAGGGGCCACCACCGACUGGGCCGUGGUGACAGCCGGACAGAGCCUGGCGAAGGAACUCAGCACGCAGAAGGAAGCGUGCAUGGCAGAAGCGCACGACUCCUCCAACAACGAUGCGCUCUCCAGCUCCAGCGACCUCCUGGACCUGCUCCUGCAGGAGGACUCCCGCUCCGGCACGGGGUCGGCUGCUUCCGGGAGUGGCUCGGCCUCCGGCUCCAUGGGAUCUGGCUCCAACAGAGGCAGCACCUCCGCCAGCGGCACCACAAGCAGCAAGAGCAGCGGCACCAGCAAGUACUUUGGAAGCAUCGACUCCUCCGAGAACGACCUGCGGGGCAAGAAGCGGGCGGAGGUGGAGGACAACGAGCGCUUCAUCAAGUACGUCCUGCAGGACCCCAUCUGGCUGCUGAUGGCCAACACCGACGACAAGGUCAUGAUGACCUACCAGCUCCCUGCCAGGGACCUGGAAACUGUUCUGAAGGAGGACAGGGAAAAGUUGAAACAGAUGCAGAAGCGGCAGCCCCGAUUCACCGAGGAGCAGAAGAAGGAGCUGGCCGAAGUUCACUCCUGGGUCCAGAAGGGGAACUUGCCCAAGGCUAUCAACAUCACGGCUUGCAUGGACUGCGGGAGCAACCCUUCUUCCAAAGUGGCCCCUCUCUACGACGUCGAGAUUCAAGACAUGGACUUGAACGGCAUGUUGGAGCCCAUGGAGGAGGGCAGCAGCGCGGCACAGGUGUGCCUGCCGUCGUUGCCCCCCGAAAUGGCCAUGGACGAAGAGGAGGCUGGGGCGGAGAGAGGACAACAGCAGCAGCAGCAACAGCAGCAGCAGCAGCCGCCAUCCCCAGUCGUGGAAGUGGUGCAGGACUCAGGCUAAGCUGGCAAGCCACAGACUCCUUUCUCCCCCAAAUCGGGAGCCGCUCCUACUUGCCCUGAGCAGGGUGCUGCUGGGCAGCAGGGCUCAGAGGCAGGUGCUGGCCACAGGUCCUUGUAGGAUCUGCCGCUGCAGCCCCACCUCCCUGGCAACAGGGAGAGGAAGCUCACAUUGUGGGUGUUUUCGGGACCGUGGGACGGCUGCGUGGCCCACAGGAGAAGACGCUGCAGGACUGUGGGCCCAGGCACCAGCUGCUUCAGGUGUGGAAACGCUGCCUGGCCUGGCCUGCUUCCAGGGACGUCCCUCUGGACCUUUACCCGCCGGACCAGCCGCUCCAAUCCUUGCUGCCUUACUAAGGAUUUGGACACAGACAGACAGCCCACAAUGUUGGGCCUGGGAGGGACCGGGUUUUUAUGUAUUUAUUUUUGCAGAACUGUCUGUUGGUGUUGUUAAGUGUUUCUUUUUUUACUGAUCUGCUGCUGUGCUCUUGAAGGGGCCUUCGUGCAGUACCAAUGAUAAUAAUAAAAAAAAAACGAGAAAAGGAAAGAGAAAGAGGUUGGUGGCCUGCGGAGAAUUAUCGUUGACGCACACCCUGUGCCCCACAUUCAGUUGCCUCCUUGUUGGGAUCUGGCCAGAAAGGAGAGGUUUCUUCUGAAUAUCCUUCAAGAGCUCCCCUCAGCAAAAGCCCAGGGUGGAAGCAAGAGAAAGGGCCCUAAAAUGUCAGCACCACCUUCCCAUUGCCGCCACUGAACUGCCAACGCUCCUCUCCUGCUGGUGCCUCUUUGCCAAAGACAUCUCCCAUAUUCGCAAAGCUCAGUUUUGUCAACUGGAAGAAAUAAAUUGGCCAAAGAGUGUUGCGCUACAUAUAUACCCCCACCCCCUCUUUUCGCCCAAUCUUUGGCAGCCUUGCUACCCAGUGGGCUGUGAGUGAGUGAGGGGGACGUGUUAUUUCAGCUACAUAAAGAGCACACCCCUUCUUUCUUGUGUUUCCAAAGAGACCCUGGAUCUACCUGUGCAGAGAGUCCUCCUGCUGCCUCCCCUUCCUUCUCCACAUCCUAUUUAUUGAACUAUUUAUAUAUCCUGCUCCUGUUUCCAGAGUAAAACAGGGAAAGUCCGGGGAUUUUCUGUGGACUGUCCCAUGGACAGGUGAGGAAAUUGGAGUAAACUAGCAAGCCAUUUUGGGUUGUGCCUCUAGAUGGAAAACGGGCCUGUUUUGGGGUUUUUGUGUUUUUUUUGGAGCGCGGGGACAACACUUGAUUCUCCCAUUCGAGCCCCCUCCCAUUUAUUUUCUUGCUUUCAGUUCCUGAUGUGCUUCAGCUGUCCUGUGUCACGCUGGCCAUAUUGCAUUUCAGAGGCAGGGCGAGAGCCCUUAACAGAAGUUCCACCUUUGGCACACGAUUCCACGAUUCCAUGCUGCUCGCAUCCAUGUCUGAAGCAAAAAAAAAUAUGAAGCAAUUUUCAGUUUCCUUGUCUGCCUUUUUGAACCAGCCAAUGACUUUGAAUGAGUUGUGCAUAUGGCAAAGCCUUGCUAAGGUUUUCAGGUUUCCAAAGAGAGGAAGGGUCUCGCCCCCAAACUUAGUGCCUGGUGACAAAAACAUCCUACCCUUUUUAUUAACUGGAGGGCAGCAAGCCAAGCCAGCCUUAACAGGGACCCCGGCAAGAGUGUUGGGUUGUGCCUCUCCUUGACAAUCCCACAAAUAGGUGGGAAUCGUCAUUUGAUUUUAAUUGCUGCUAGUUACAUGAAAAGAGAAUCUGUCUUCAACCGCACCCCCCUCCCAUGCCCCAGUCCAGGAAACUUACCGUAUUUUUCCAUGUGUAAGACUAGGUUUUCCCCAAAGAAUAAUGUCAAAAAUUUGGGGCCGUCUUAUACAUGGAUACAUCUCCCAUUUUAUUAAAUCGGAGCCCCCCGAUAGCGGGCGUCUUACACAUGGGGGCGUCUUAUAGACGGAAAAAUACAGUAAUUGGAUUCUUGUUAGGGUAGCCAGAGUGACUUUUAAGUUGCAAUCCUCUAUUUACAUAUGUAGGAUUUAAUCCUCCUGAGCUCGUUGAGGUUUAUUUCUCAGUAGAUGUGUGCUGUAAACUAAGCUAUUGUACCAGCAAGUAUUCCACACCAGCAGUCCUUUCAGAAAUCCUCUAAAAAGACAAUUAUUCUCUCUCCCACCUUGACCUUAAUGAAUGUUACUGUGUGUUUUAGGAUCACUCAGGGUGGAACUGGAAAAGUGAUUAUCUUUGCCCCAAAGGGACCAACAAUAAUGCUCCUUUGUUGGCUUCGAAGAGCAAACCACAUCACCCCUUUCUGCUAUUUGCCCAACAAGCGUUGGCUUUGCAGCUUCUGGGCUGUGUGAAUCCCUGGAGGUGACCUGUGUGCUGGAUUCCCAGAGACGGGGGGUAACCCUUACGAGUCCCGUGUGACCCCGAGUCAGAACAGCUUGCCUGAAUCCGCUUGCAAUAUCUCUUUGGUCAUAAAAUCCUCCUGGUUCUGAGCAUCUUUGGACACCUGACAGCAAUUUGUGUGGUUCAUGAUGGGUGAAUGCUAUGAGCCAUUUUGCAGAAGGCAGGGACAGCCUUUUCUUACUGCAAGAGAAAAUUGCAUUUCCAGAAAGCCAAUGUCUGUAAAUGCAACAUACACAACCAAAAGUGGCUAUUGUAGAAAACAAGCAUUUUCUGGUGUUUCAGAGGUUAGCAGAAUGUGUCCUUUUGCUUUCCACAAAAUCUCUUCAGUGUGAAUAACUUGGUAAGACAAGGUGGAUACCAGUUAGUGCCUUGCAAAGGGCUGGAAGUGGGCCUGUGACUCCGACCGCAUUGGCCGUUGGACAUUUCAUCCCUUGAGAUGUGAACUUCUCCCUUUAAAGCUCUUCAAAAUACAGAACUGGUUGGAAGUGCACCGAUUAUGGACGAAUUUUAAUCACAUCGCUUUUUCGAGGUUGCAGACAUUUACUUGAACGACGAACACUUAUUCACUGCUUGUAUCUGAUUUUCCCUUCUGCAAAUCUCCCUCUGUCCAAGCCAAAAGGCGGGAGCCUCAAAGUCUCCAACUUUACUUGCUUAGAAUUAACUAUUUCCCCCACAACUGCUCAGUGCGUUUCUUUGUUACAUGGUCAAUGGAAAACCCUCCUAAAUCUAGGGACUCAUAAGCUUUAAUAUUUACCCCCUUUUGUGGGGAAGGGGUAUAUUGGAGCAUGCUGCUAAGAGAAUAUUGUUUUUAAAGCUUUCUCUUUUGGAAUGGGACCUCCUUAUUAAUAUUUCCUACUCUCUGGAGAACUGGGAGAAUUCUACCCCAGGGAGAUUCUGGCUUUGAACACUAUGAACUGUACAUUAUCAAGGGGAAGGGCAUUUUGCACAAAGCUGUGACACGGGUGGGGACGGGGACAUAAGAGUACCAGCUCCUCUGUCCCCUACUGCGACCCCCAAAGAACAACGGCGUAUCUCUACCAUUGGUUUGUGGUGCAAUAUCUGUGAAUCUGAGUCUGUACCCAAAUAAAGGCACUUUUGUUUUUUCA